AUGUAUCCUGAGUUACAGAUGGACACAUUCCUCAAAGGAUCGGUGACGUCACAGGAGGAAUUGGAUGAACUUCUGCUUCCGAUUCAGAAUGCAAUGAAUCGAUAUCGGACAGGAUUGGGCAUGUGUUUGUUCCCGCUGAUACGAGAGUUUCCACUCGAUCAACUCGGUAAUUUUGGUGGUGAGUUUCAUACUGUAUGGGAAAAGAACAAGAGUGUGAAUGUGGAUGGCGAGUUGACGGAGGAAUGGAAAAGGCAGGUCGUUUUGCUUUUCCUGAAUGCCAAAUUUUGUUGGAGGAAGAGCGGGCAGAUUCGAGAUUAUGUGGAGCAGUUGCAAAAUUUGUCCAAGACGGUGUCGGAUCAGUAUGGUAGUCCU